AUGGCGACUCCCUCUGUAACUGACGAGACCUGCGGCAAGUACAUCGCCUCUACACAGUGACCUGACGGGACCUGGCGGAAACAGCGGAGGGUGAAAGAAGACUACGUGCCACGAGAGGAGGUCCCAGUGUAUGAGAACAAGUAUGUGAAGUUUUUUAAGAGUAAGCCAGAACUGCCCCCAGGACUGAGUCCUGAAGCCACUGCUCCUGCCACCCCCUUUAGGCCUGAAGGUGGUGAACCAGGCCUUUCCAAAACAGCCAAAGGCAACCUGAAGCGGAAGGAGAAGAGGCGGCAGCAACAAGAGAAGGGGAAAGCAGAGGCCUUGAGCCGGACUCUGGAAAAGAUGUCCCUGGGAGAGACCGCCCCGCUCCCCAGCACUCUGCAAGGCUGCCACGCAGUCCCUGCAGCCACUUCUGACCAGCCUGACUCCGCUGCCACCACGGAGAAAGCCAAGAAGAAAAAGAAUCUGAAGAAGAAGCUACGGCAGGUGGAAGAGCUGCAGCAGCGGAUCCAGGCUGGGGACGUUAGUCAGCCCAGCAAGGAGCAGCUGGAGAAGCUGGCGAGGAGGAGGGCGCUAGAGGAGGAGCUGGGGGACCUGGAGUUAGGCCUGUGAGGCCUCUGGAGAACAGCAAACGGACUGCAGAACAAACCGUGGGGCUCUCUGGGGUCUUGAGGGACGUGGACAGCAGCAGUCAGGAGGGGUACCCUCAGACUGGUGCACUUCCACUUCUUGCUGCCCAACUCUGUCCUCCCAGAGUCUAGUCUCACCCUCAUUUCACACACACGCCCCCCAAUACCUGUUUUUGGACUUUGCCCCUCCCAUCCCCAUUGUCCAAAAUCUCAGUGACUGCCCCACUGUACCUUUACUGCCGGAUAUUUUGUUUAACAGAAAAUUGGGUGGGUGGAAAUCUCUUGGAGAGCUGAGAUUGGGGUAGGGGGGCUACACCCAAGUCUGGGAGUCUCGCUUCCCGUUCACAGUGUUUAGGCAUUAUCCCCUCUCCAUCCUCCCUCACCUCUACCUUUUUUUUUUUUUUUAAAGA